UGCGGGGGAGCAUUCGUUUAUCAACUGUUGAUGUUGUUUUAGCAUAACAUAUUGCAGCGCUGCCGUGCAUUGUGCAACGGGGGAGGUAGCAUGUGUAUGGCUUUUGCGGGCUCAUUAUCAGCACAUCCUGCGGAAAUGCGAAAUGCGGCGGGAUGAAAUAAAAAUAGCCUAUCGAUCGAUACCACCCAGCAGCUUUUGCUGACGUGCUAAUUGGCAGCAGAGGCGGAACACAACGCACGAAUGCGAUGCCAUCCACAAUAUCUGGCCUGGUCUGGUCGUCGCCGUCGUCUUGUACGUACUGUACAGCUGGUAAAAACCUGUUUGUACGAUAAAGCUACACCUUGCCAGCUGCCUUGGGGGGUAGAACUGGAGCCUCGGGAUUCCAGUUUGUGGGGCAGUUGUUUUCUCCACCGUUGGUGCAUUUGCAGUAACAACUGCCCCGACUCUCGUGGCUGUUUACCUUUUGCUUAAUCAAUCACAUUUCAUUUGAUUAGCCUAACAUAUGGCAUUGUGAUAAGAGUGCCGUUUUAUUUGACGAGCGCGUUAGGUAUCGUUCCGUUUUUCCUUCGUCGAGCGCUAAUAGGACAACUGUUGCUUGGGGUUGAAACGGUGAAAAUAAACCAUAUUGCAAAUAUCCUUUCUUGUCGUAGAAGCGUCGGAUGCGCAUGACCUUUCGUUAAAUAGCAUUUCUUUGUAGGUGAUUGGUUGCGUUCGCUGUUGUAGACGCUGUCUGACGAUUAUGAGCCAAAACGCUGUUUAACAUUAUGGCCGUGACGGAACGCAUCGAAUACAAUCAAUGCUAUUUAUGCUUUUGCAGUCGAAAUGCAAAUAUGCAAUGUGGAGUGCAAGGUUGUAGGCGAAUGUAACGAAUGCGGAUACGGUUGUCCGGCAAGAUGAGAAUGCAUUUUAUAAACGAAUCUCUAAAUCAGCUUGUACAGAUAAGAGUGGAAGUGAUCUAUUUGAUUCUCACCGGAAAAAGAUAGAUUACGUAAAUCAUACUAAUGAUAGUAGAAGCCGUUUUCAACUUCCUGAUCGAAAUGAUAACGACUUAGAUUAAAAUCUUAAGCUGAAUAGCAUUAGCUGAUUAUGAGCUUCAUUAUAAACUCUGGAUGGUUUGAUUAUAUUGAAUUUGAAUAUGAUGUACUCUUUUAUUGUUAAAAAAAAAUAAUAAUUACUCAUUGGAAAAGUGAUUUUAUGUAUGAAUUGUAGUGGAAAGCUUAUGAAUAUUAGUGGUUUAAAACAUAUUUUAAUAUGGUGGAUGGUUUCAAACAUAUUAAGGGUACAUGAUACAGGGUUUUCCAGGUGUUCUUAUAGUUGUCGGAUACUUUCUUGACUCUUUCCUAUUGGAAGUGAACUUCAUAUGUUGAAAAUUUAACUAUGGCACGCUUUUUGGACAGGCUUCUUGAAAAUUCUUAUUAGAUUUGUCUAACAAUGGUGCUAUAGAGUCCAAUUCUCAUUACAUUAAGUUCAUUUCACGUAUGAAAGAGACAAUGAAGUGUCGCUCAGCUAUGAGAACUCCUGGAAACCCUGUAAUUUCCACUAAUAAAUCCUCACAAAAAAUGACUUUUUUCGAGAAAAGAGACGGUGGAGAUUGCGAGAAUCCUGUUCGUUGACUGUUUUUGUAUUUUUGUAUGAUUUUCAUUAAAGUUGUUCAUUAAACAUUAUUUCCACCAUAUCUAUUUGCAUAAAUUGAACAAUAUUUGGUGAAUAUAUUUUCAACUAAUUUAAGAAUUUUUUUUAAUCAAUAGCAAUGCUUUGACGAAAACAAGAGCAAACAUGUUAGUAUGUAAUAUGAUUGAUUUUAUUAUUAAAACUUUAACUUGAUGUAUGGUAGUUUAGCUGUUGGAUAAUAAAAUGAUAAACACUCCAGCCUUUGUAUCAUUUUGAUGUAGUUAUUAAGUUCCCGUAGCCAGGAGCUCGGUUAAACUGGAUGUAAACAUGUCUAGGUAACCCUGAAUAAAGGCCAGCGUGACUUUCAUUGUAGGUCGUUCAAAAAAAAGAGCUGAUGCAAAAUGAAUGAGAGCAUUUAUUUUAUUAUUCAUCGCGCAAGUUGUUUUUCCAACAAAAACAUGAAGCUGUUUGUGAUGUGUUCUAUGAUAGGAAUUGAGUGAAAUUAAUUUAAUAAUUCCACAUAUUCUAAAACAUUAUUUUAUCUUGAAUUACUCAUCAAUACGGGGAUUAUACAAUAUUUGUGCGUAUGAUGUGAACAUGUUUAUUAAGUCAACCAGAUCCUAAACAUUUGUGAAUAAUGUUAUUUCUAUGAAUGUGUAAUUUUUUUGGCUUUUAAAUUAGAUUGUUGUAAUUGAGCUAAAUUGUACCAAUUUUAUCAUAUUUUGUGAUACUAUGUAACAUAUUCUUUGACACUAUUUAUUCUCAAAUGACUCUUUAUCAAAGCUGUCAUUCAAGCAUUCGUGCAUCAUACUAAUUCACCAUUGCAAAAGAUUAAUGCUACACUCGCUAACAUCGGUCACUAAUGAUAGCAAUAUUUAUGUUUCACGACUACCUCAAGCCGCAGUUCCUGAGGCACAUUAAAGUAAAUCCAAUUACAUAAGCCACCCCCCAGGCACCGGCAACAACCACGUACCGCAAACAUUGCAGAUAGAAGAAGUCGACAAUUUUUCAACACCAGUCCACAGUUAACUCCUACUAGUUGUCAGACUGCAAUUGCAUUCGGAGCGCCGCAUUACGUGGCAAAACGUGCAGCGUUGCAGUUGCACGAGAGAUUCUAUAGCUAGGUGUGUUUGUAUGUGUGUGUGCGUGUGUACUAUACGCGGAGAGAAAAUAUGUCCGACCUUGACCUUCUGAAAAUUGAACGAAAUUUGUAGCACACACACAUCAUCUUGCCCAUUGUACACCAGCAGCAGUAGGAAGUAGCAUUGGAAAGAGUUGCAUUUCUACUGCAUGUACAUAUAUGGCGACUUUUCGUUUUUUUAAAGAUAAAAAAUGGAUGCGGGCGGGCGACUACUGUGGCUAGAACUAGAUUGCAUUUCACCAUGUCCAGUGGGGCUAUAAAUCCUCUGACCCACAUCGGGAUCGGGGCCGGGCCAGCAGAAUCGAACGAAGAAAAAUCGAAUCACUGAUGAUUUGGAUCAUAUUCAGUAAACGUUCCUGGGAGUGUGGCACUAGCACGACUUCGGCACGUGACUGCACGUGGUCUCUCGCUCUCGCGGCCCGUUUGUCUCUGGCGCGCGCUUUCCAAGCGCUAUGGGAAAAGCAUGCGCCCUUUCUAGGAAUACAAAGCACCACAAGGAGAAGAGUUCAAACAACUUCCAGCGUCUAAAAUAUGUAUGGAGUGUACUGGGAAAUGUAAUGCCGUCCUAUAAUCAAGAUAAAAAUGCAAUUGCAUUGCAAAAUGCUGGGUGGUUGUAGGAAGGAUUUGCAAUUAUAUAUAAACGUGUAAGUUAAAUUAGUUGUAUAGUUGUAUGGUUUAAAGAUUUUAGGAAUAAAAAUAGUUACUAGUACACUAAUUUUUUUAUUGUUUAAAAUAUGAAAUUUAUAUUCUAAAACCAUAUUUUUGUACAAUAAAACCCUUUAAACGUUUGCUUGUAAACACAAAAGCAAAACGUGUGAGUAGAAUAGAACGACGAACCUGUGCGCGAAAGCGACUUCGGUACAUCCUGCAGGAGCAGCACCACCCAGCACAAGCAUAACCUUAUGCGUUCGGGAAUCAGAAGAGAGCGAGAGAGUCGAAUGGAAUUGCACAGACACUGGAAGGUUUGAUGGCGCGUGAGCGCGAGAGAAUCUGCCCCCGAGCAUUGCGAGGAAGAUUCCGUUUUUUUUUUUUGCCCAACACGACAGCAGAGACAAUUCAGAGGUCCUGCGGCUUUUCCUCGUUGCGAAGGCUUUCAGUUCGAGUUUUUCGUCGUGUGUGGUUGACGCGGUUACGCGCUAUGGCUUCGGGCCAUGUUACGCUACAGCACGCUGGGUGAGAGUGUCAGUGAAAGAAGGCAAUGCAAACGUUCCAUCAGACCAGACACGUAUAUCUAAUACACGGGCGUGAUACAAUUGUGGCUUCAUGUGCCGCUGUUAAGUGAAAACAAAUCCUCCUCCAUCGGAUUAACGUUUUCUGUGGAAGGAAUGCAAUAAGCAGUAAGAAGCUCCUUUAUUUCUCUCCAACCACGGUGCUAUUUCGCUGCUUUGUGUAGGUUAAACCCGCAAGUUCAUUCAUGAGUACGCAAUAGAGCACUUGGACGGUUCGCUCCAGGACUCAGGCGCACAUCAACUUUGCAUCGUUUGUCCUAGGACUGAGUGGCAUCGAUGGAUUGCGUCAAUGUUGCGGUGGCAUAGUGUUUACAUACAGAAAUAUCGAUUUUCUUGAAUGGAUCGAGCGCGCUAGCGAGCACCGUUCCUGUAAGAUAAUGAAUUCUAUCAUCGCAAAAAGGCAGCGCACCGCAGCACAUUAGACCAACACACCCACCGUGGUGACACUGUUAGUGUGAAAAGAUAAACUGUAGCUCUUAAAAAGCUUCGCUGGGAAGAUAACAGUUAAUCGGAAUACAGGAAGCUGCAGGAAAUCAGAGAGUCAUGGUGGUUGGUGGCAACGUUACGGUAAACCGAAACUAACAAGCAAACUUUGUGGCUUGGCAAGUGAACAAAUAAACAAAGUGAAAAGCGAACCUCCUGCGGGAAAGUGAUAACCACCAUCAGCUCCAGCGCCAAUCGGUCGAUAGGCCGAGUUCGGCUGAGGGAAGACGGUCUCGCCAUGACGGACGCCGAACCGCUGUCACCGUCGGCCUCCACCUUCAAGCAGAACUUUGAUCUGGUAACGCCCGAGUUCGAGGAGGAUCCGAAGCUGCUGUGGGGCAGCGUGCCCGUGCCUCCGUUCGUGUCGGACAAGGUGGUAACGUGGGUGGAGGAAAACUUUCCCCAUCAGCCACCGCCGGCGGUGGAGUUUCGCGGCCAGAACGUUCUGAAGAAGAUUGAAAAUGUCCGUAUGAUUGACAGAUACAACAGCAAAAAUCCAACCGUCGGUGUGCUGUACCUUACGGCCACGCAUCUUAUAUUCGUUGACCCGGAUGCCAACAAAGAGACAUGGGUCCUUUACAUGCACAUCGCGAACGUGGAAAAGUUGCCCCUGAGCACCACCGGCUCGCCGCUGCUGAUACGCUGCAAGACGUUCCUCUCCAUCACGUUCGUCAUACCGAAGGAGCGCGAAUGUCACGACGUGUACACCACGCUCACCAAGCUGUACCAGCCGGUGAACAUCAAAAAUCUGUACUGCUUCCAGUACACGACCGCGGCGAAGGAGCUGCCGAAGGCGGCCGGCUGGGACUACUUCAAACUGGAGCACGAGUUCAAGCGGAUGCGCGUCCCGAACGACCAGUGGAGUGUCUGUGCGCUCAAUCAAAACUACGAGCUGUGCGACACGUACCCGCAGCAGCUCUACGUGCCGGCCGAAGCCAACACGCAAAUCCUGCUCGGCAGCUCGCGGUUCCGGUCAAAGGGCCGGCUACCUGCGCUCACCUAUUUGCACUCCAACAAGGCGUCCAUCUGCCGCUGCAGCCAGCCACUGUCCGGCUUCAGUGCGCGCUGUCUGGAGGAUGAGCAGAUGCUGGAAACGGUGCGCAAGACGAACCCCAACUGCAACUUUAUGUACGUCGUUGACACGCGGCCAAGGAUUAACGCCAUGGCAAACCGGGCCGCUGGCAAGGGCUACGAGAACGAGGCGAACUAUGAAAAUAUCAAGUUCCAGUUUCUCGGCAUCGAAAACAUUCACACGAUGCGUGCCAGCUUGCAGAAGGUGAUUGAGUGCUGCGAACAAAAGUCGCCCACGAUGAGUGGAUUCUUAAGUGCGCUGGAAUCUUCGGGCUGGCUAAAACACAUUCGAUCGAUACUGGAUACAUCCUGCUUCAUUGCCAACGCAGUCGAUAAAGGAAUUUCCGUUGUUGUGCACUGCUCGGAUGGUUGGGACCGUACGGCUCAAGUAUGCUCGCUUGCUGCACUGAUGCUGGAUCCAUACUACAGAACUAUCAAAGGAUUUCAGGCUCUGAUCGAAAAGGAUUGGCUUGCGUUCGGCCACAAGUUCAGCGAUCGCUGUGGCCACAUUCAGAACGACCCGAAGGAGGUCUCGCCCGUGUUUACUCAGCUGCUCGAGUGCACCUGGCAGCUGAUGCAGCAGCGCAACGACGCGUUCGAGUUCAAUGAGCGCUUUCUGCUGAUCCUGCACGAUCACGUCAUGUCCUGCCAGUACGGCACGUUCGUGGGCAACUGCGAGAAGGACCGGCUGGAUCUGCGGCUGGCGGAGAAAACCUUCUCCCUGUGGGGCUACAUGUCGAACCAUCUGAACGAGUACAUUAACCCGCUGUACCGGCCGGAGAUGGAUGAAACGAUAAAGCCGAACCUGGCACCGCAGAACAUCAAGUUCUGGCGCGGCAUGUAUAGCCGUUUCGAGAGCGGCAUUCACCCGAGGGAACCGCUGGAGGAUUUGCUGAUCGCAAGCAAGGACCACUGCACCUCGCUGGAGGAUCACGUGCAGCAUCUGACCAAGCGCAUCAACAGCUUCAAGAACAUGCUGUCAAAGUCGGCCAAACGGUUGCAGGGUGGCAGUGCGGCCCUGCAGUCGCGCUACAACGCGGACACCCGCGGCCCGAUCGAGGUGAACGAUAAUCGGUACAAUUACGAUCGGAAGCUGAGCGAGCUGUCGGCGGCCGAUGACGAUCAUCCGUUGAAGACGAGCGAUUUUUCGUUCUCCAAUCUAUCGAUUUCAGAGUAUAACAAUGAGGUGGAGAAGGUGAACGAUGAUAUUAAUUCGGUUGCCGUUGAAUGGAAGUCGCUACGGUCAGUGGUAAACUGUCCGACCUGCUCCAUACCAUUCGAUCAAAUAACUAAAAAGAAUCACUGUUGGAAGUGUGGCGAAGUGUUCUGCAGCCGAUGCAUCGAUAAAACGUUGGCCCUUCCGGGGCACGACAGUGGCAAUCCGGUGCCCGUCUGUAGACAGUGUUUUCGUGUCGUUCAGCAAGUAAGCCCAUAAAAGGAUUGACGUGCCGUUACCGUGCAUUCACUAAAACAAACACAUUCCUCGAUUGAAUCGGCAUAGUUUGUAAGUAAAAUAUCUAUACCAUACUUCCUUUCAAUACUAUCGGCGCUGUCUUCGUGAUGUACAAAGCUAUAAAACAAAAACAAAAACUAUCUAAUGAUUGCGAGAGGCUACCAGGGCACGGGAAAACCCGAACAGUAGGGGUAUAUUUCUGAUUCUGGAAAAAAGAAAAAAAGAGAAAAAAACAUGCAAGGGAAAAAGUAAAUAGUGCAAACGUUCAGUUGCAAGAGAGACCAAAGCACAGCAACGCGAAGACGCGUAGACACUUGCAGGCCAGGGCAAGGUACGAACUGGAACUGAGGACUGGGAAAUCCUUGCAAAAUGGCUGUCAAUCUUAGUUGUUAAUCUACUAUUAGUUUUAAGGGUAAUGCAGUGCAGUAAAGUGAAACAUAAAACAAAACAAACAAAAAUAGGAAAGUGCAUAUAUACGCUCACCGGUAACAGAUGAUGUGACAAAACAAUGUUAGAACUACAAUAUUUAUAAGCAUACUGUGUACAAUUAUUUCGUUAGGAACCAUUUGCCGAGUUGAACAUUGAUAUUUAUCUUACUCAAACGUAUGCGAGCUUUUGCUUGGCUUGGAUGACACCUCUUCGGUAUUUAAGGUGCUGAAAGAGAGCUUUAUCGAAGGCUGUAAUGGGGGCAGUGCGGAAGAUCCCAGAUUGUUAGCUACCUAUACGCACACGGUGUAGUCUGAACAGUGCAACAUUGCAAGAGAAUGAAGUAUCGAACCAUUUGCCCAUCGCUCCUGCUGGACACGUGUUUUAGUUUUCGUUGCGCAAAAACAAAACAAAAUGUGUUAUGAAAAUGGUGAACCGUUAUAAAGCUUUUCUUAGCUUCCGUUUCGUGGAUGUACAGAAAAUGGCAUCCCGUAUUGACAGUAUUGUUGCAUGCAUCGCGGUAAACUAUAAAGAAAUGGGCUAAUAAUAGAAGCCUAGCAUAAUGCUUGUCUCAUAAAUUGCUUCUUCUUCUGUUUUUGGCAAACACCCAGCAACGAAACGACUUUGCAGACUAUCUGCAGGCCAUGACGCCUAUCUAUUGCUGUAAACUGUACGUGUAACCUGAGAAAAAGAAACUGAUACAAAACAAAGAAAAAAAACCUGUUGCUCUCAAAAUAAACUAUACAAUAUUUAAUAGUGAAUAUAAAUUAAAUCAAAGACAA